UUAGGCUAGUGCGCCAUUUUGCUGCGUCCACAGCCAUCCGCCAAGAUGGUCCCCUUGCUUUGUCUCCCCUGACCGGAGUUGUUUCGGUAUUCUGAGGCUAUUCUUGCGUCUGCAGCAUCAUACGUCUGCAAAUUAGAUUGAACUUGCCCCCUGUACCACCGGCGAAACGUGUCUAUAUCAGUCAAGACAUGACGACGGUAAAAAGCAGGUAAAAUGAGUCUGGCUUCUUCAGAAUCGCACAGAGACCAGAUGUCAGAAAAGGUAGAGGAGCCUGGAAGCUCAACAGAAACUAUGAAGCCCUCUUCUCGCAACAAGAGGAAUUCCACUACUGUAUCUAAGCACACUGGACCGAAAGAAUCUGAUGCCUCAGCUGAGAGUGAAAAUGAAGGUGUCUCUUCUGACAAUCCUUCAGACAAUAAUACAAGCAGUGUAUCGAAAGGCACUUUAGUCAUAAGGCCAGCUGGGAAUGAUAAUAAAGGUGCCAUGAAGCUCAGAGUAGAUUUCAAACACAAACAUACAGAAGAUACCCUGCAGAAGAAGGUAAACUGCACUGCCUGUGGUAAACAAGUAAACCAGUUUCAGCGCAACUCUGUCUACGAGCAUCCUGCACUCAAAGUUCUUAUUUGCAAGUCAUGCUACAAGUAUUACACAAGUGAUGACAUUAACAGGGACUCUGAUGGGAUGGAUGAGCAGUGCAGGUGGUGUGCUGAAGGUGGCAAGCUCAUCUGCUGUGACUACUGCAACAAUGCCUUCUGCAAGAAGUGCAUCCUGCGCAAUUUGGGCAGAAAGGAGCUGUCUGUCAUUACAGAUGAGAACUCAAAAUGGCACUGCUAUGUCUGCAGGUCAGAGCCCCUCCAGGAUCUGGUCUCCAAAUGCCACAGCAUCAUGGAAAAACAAGAACUCAAGGAUCCAAAACCAGACAAAAGCGAGGAACAUGAGAGCAAGAGACACAAGAACAAAGCAGUGAGAGAGCACAAAACCAUUGUCAAUGGGAAAGAACACACCGAAGGCUCAGGCACCAUGACAUUCUCCUACAAAAAACUGCAGGUGCCCAAAGAACUUAUAAAGAAAGCAAAGAAGCUUGUUGAAACUACUACUGGUCUGAACAAUACAUUCAUCCAGUUCAUCCAACAGGCAGCUGAGGAGCAAGGAGAUAAGUCUAUCAGGUAUCGGCAUUUGAAAGCCUUCAGGGCCGUGCUUGCUGAUUUGAAAAAAGCCCACAGUGCUUUGGAGGUGGCUUUGGGGCCUGAAUUCAAAAACAUGGAGUUACAGAAUGGUAACGAAGGGCAACAUAUUGUGAGAAAGAGCACUUGUGUUGUAUCCCCUGUAGAAAACGACAUGGAUAAUAUGACUGAUGCUGAGGAGGCUGGUGAUGACCAAGCGGAGGAGGAGGGGGAGGAGGAGGAGGAGGAGGAGGAGGAGGUGGCCAAUGACAACUUAGCAGAGGAGAAGGCUGAAGCCCUAGCAGAGGAGGAGAAGGCUGAAGACUUAGCAGAGGAGGAGAAGGCUGAAUCCCUAGCAGAGGAGGAGAAUGCUGAAACCCUAGCAGAGAAGGACGACGACCUAGCGGAGGAGGAGGAGGAGGAGGAGGAGGAGGAUGAAGAAGAGGAGGCCAACAACGGCCUGGAAGAGGAAGAGGCCGACAACGACCUAGUGGCGGCAGAGGAGGCAGCCACCGAUGUCGUGCUGAAGAAAACCAAUGUAGCGUCGGAGGAGGUCCAUGACAUAGCGGCAAAGGACGCUGAUAACCCAGAAGAUGAGAAGGCUCGCCACGCAACAGCGGAUGAGGCAGACAUGGGGCAGCCUAAUGAACAGGAAAUGUCUGAUACUAAAAUGAAAGACAACCAAACAGAAACUAAUCUAACCAAAAAGAAAAUUAAAACUGAAGCAUGUGAAGAUGGGCUAGUGUCAGCUGGUGAAAUGUCUCUUGAUCACGAUAUAAUGUCUGUGCCUCCUUCGGUUCCCGAAGAGCUUUUUCAGAUGGUGGAGAGUCUUGCAGAUUCCACCAUGCUCUCACAGUCUGAUUCGGUCACAGACGCUGUUAAAAAGUCAAGUGGAAACUCAAAAGACUCUCAACCUCCCCAGCCCAAGGUGAAGAACCUCAUAGUUAAACUGACUCCUGUGCCAGUCGUGACGACACGUGGGUCAAGGUCCGCCGUGUCCAAAAAUAGGGAAAAGGCUAGAGAGACGCAAAAAAAGUGUGUUGACGAUCGUGAGAAGGAGAAAGGCGAUGCUGCUAAAGCACCAGUAGAUAUGACAGCCAGCCCACCACCCAGCCGUCGUUCUAGUAGAUUGAAGACCACUCCCCUGAGAAAGCAGGCUGAGAAUAAGGGCAAGGAAGAAUCCUCAGAUUCAGAUGAAGAUCGUAAGAGCAAGUCUAAAUCUUCCAAGAAAUCCAGUAAAAACAACAAAGAGAAUGUGAAGGAGACCACGGUUUCAGAAAAGAAGACGAUGGAUUCUGACUCGGACGAAAUUCCUAACAUACUGCUGGAGAAAGCGGCGGCAGGCUGCAGCACAGAUGAGGAACAGGGAAGCACAAGUGCUAAAAAGUGUUUAUUCAAACUAAAAAACACAUCUACACAGGAUACAGACAAGGCGUCCAAACGCAAAAGGAAGUCUGAAAGCUCUGACUCAGACAUGGCGAUCAAAAGUAAAAAAACGUUGAAGAAGAAGAAGAAACAGACUGGCUCAGACUCGACUAACUCUGACUCUGACCAGGAGAAGGAGUCUAAGAGUAAAGUGGCCACAGUGAAGAGGAGAUCUAGCCGUGUAAAGAAGCAAGAUGAAGCCAAAGAAGAAGACAAAAGCUCACCUGAGAGGAAGGCAGCCAAGCGGAAAAGGUCUUAUGAAGUUAAGCGCAAGGGAAGGAGCCCCAAAGCAGCUUCCAAGCUGCAGUCGUCCUCCAGUGAGGAAGAGCAGCAGGCUGAAGGCGAUUCCGGAGAAGACAGCGACGAGCAAAAAAUCAAGCCCAUUGUGGAGGAUAGCGUGGUUGGAGGAAGUGGACCGGUCCAUCAGUCCUCAGGAGACGAGGAGGAUGAUAACGCGAGAGUCUCUCAGGAUUGUGAAGAUGAUGACGAUGAUCCUGAAAACAGAAUUGCAAAGAAAAUGCUUCUUGCCCAAAUAAAGUCCAACUAUUCUUCUGGAGCUGAGAGCUCCUCUGAUAAUGAAGGAGCAGAUGAGGAUGAAAAGUCCUCCAGGAAAGUUAAAAAGGAUGAUGAUGAUGAAGAAGAUGAAGAGCAACAAGACGAGGAUUCAGAAGACUCUAGUUCUGAAGUAGAAGUCAAGAAGCAUGGAGGACGCCACAAAUUACUUCGUCAUAAACUCUCGCUGAGUGAGGGUGAAUCCGGAGAGGAGAAAGCUGCCAGUAAAGACAAAAAGGGGGGCAAGAAGAAGUCGGGGAAGAAAGUUCACAGUGAUGCCUCUUCAGACUCCGACUCUGACUUUGAGAAGUCAGAGUCCAGUGAAGAGUCGGGGAUAAGCGAGGAGCUUAGUGAAUCGGAGAACGAAGGAAAAAGUCGAAAGACCAGAUCUUCUAAGAAGAAAGCUGAAGCAAAACAGAGAAGUUACAAGCAGCAGAAGAAGAAGAAGCGACGCAGGAUCAAAGUUCAGGAUUCCUCUUCCAGCAAUGAGAAGAGUGGAAAGGAAGGUGAUGACGAUGAUGAUGAAGACCACAAAGGACGCAAAAAGAUCCGCAAAAUCCUAAAGGACGACAAGCUGCGGACAGAGACGAGAGAUGCUCUGAAAGAAGAGGAGGAUAGGAGGAAACGUAUAGCUGAGAGAGAGGCAAUCAGGGAGAAACUUCGAGAGGUGCUUUUGGUGAAGGAGACCUCCCAUGUAAUCUCUCCCUGUCCCAUCACCACCAAACUGGUGCUUGAUGAGCAUGAAGAGACCAAAGAGCCGCUGGUGCAGGUGCACAGGAACCUUGUCACAAAACUCAAACCUCACCAGGUUGACGGGGUGCAGUUCAUGUGGGACUGUUGCUGUGAAUCUGUAAAGAAAAUUGAAAAGUCUUCUGGCUCCGGUUGCAUUCUCGCCCAUUGCAUGGGUCUGGGGAAAACUCUGCAGGUGGUGACGUUACUUCACACGUUACUGCUUUGUGAGAAGCUCGACUUCACCACAGCACUGGUGGUUUGUCCCCUGAACACUGUCCUUAAUUGGCUCAAUGAGUUUGAGAAGUGGCAAGUAGGAUUGAAGGAUGACGAGAGUUUAGAGGUGAUUGAGCUGGCCACAGUAAAGAGGCCACAGGAGCGAGCAUAUGCUCUCCAGCGAUGGCAAGAUAUGGGUGGCGUAAUAAUCAUUGGCUACGAGAUGUACAGAAACUUGACGCAGGGCAGGAACAUCAAGAGCAAGAAACUCAAAGAGAUCUUUCAGAAGACACUGGUAGAUCCAGGUCCAGACAUGGUCAUCUGCGAUGAAGGUCACAUCUUGAAGAACGAGGCAUCUGCUGUGUCCAAAGCGAUGAAUUCUAUCAGGACGAGGAGGAGGAUUGUGCUGACUGGAACGCCUCUUCAAAAUAACCUUGUUGAAUAUCACUGCAUGGUGAACUUCAUCAAGGAGAACUUGCUUGGGUCUGUUAAGGAGUUCAGGAAUCGCUUCAUAAACCCCAUUCAGAACGGUCAGUGUGCCGACUCCACCCUACAAGAUGUCAGGAUCAUGAAGAAGAGGGCUCACAUCCUCUAUGAGAUGCUGGCCGGCUGUGUCCAGAGGAAAGAUUACACUGCGCUCACUAAGUUCCUGCCACCUAAACACGAGUAUGUGUUGUCGAUCAGAGUGACUCCGAUUCAGUGUAAACUCUACCGGUACUACCUGGAGCACUUCACAGGUGUGGGAAAUGCUAUGGAGGGGGGCCGGGGCCGCGCAGGGACCAAACUCUUCCAGGAUUUCCAGGUGCUCAGCAGAAUCUGGACCCAUCCCUGGUGCCUUCAGCUGGACUACAUCAGUAAAGAAAACAGGGGUUUCUUUGACGAGGACAGUAUGGACGAGUUCAUCGCUUCAGAAACGGAAGAAUCGUCCAUGAGUAUGACCUCUGAGGACGAGAAGGCCAAAAAGAAAAAGAAGCUAGGGAGGGGAAAAAAGAGAGGCUCUGAUGACUCGGACAGUGAUGAAGUGGAAGUCAUCAAGGAGUGGAACACCUGCACUAGGGGCAAAAACGGAGAGAGUCGAAGCAGACCAGAACUUGUAGAAGAACCUCGGGCUGCUAGCUCGACACCAGGUAGUCCCGGUCAUGACUGGCACAAGGAGUUUGUCGUUGAUGCUGACGCCGAGAUCCUGCAGCACUCCGGAAAGAUGAUGCUCCUGUUUGAGAUCCUGCGCAUGGCAGAGGAAGUGGAUGAAAAAGUGCUGGUGUUCAGUCAGUCUCUCAUCUCUCUGGACCUGAUCGAGGAUUUCCUGGAGCUGUCUUGCAGAGCUAAAGAUGAUGAAAAAGUCUCUCCAUACAAAGGUGAAGGCAAGUGGUUCAGGAAUAUUGACUACUAUCGUCUGGAUGGCUCCACCAACGCCACCACCAGGAAGAAGUGGGCUGAAGAGUUUAAUGACACCAGUAACAUAAGAGGUCGUUUGUUCCUAAUUUCAACAAGAGCCGGCUCUCUUGGUAUCAACCUGGUGGCAGCCAACAGGGUAAUCAUCUUUGACGCCUCCUGGAACCCCUCCUACGACGUCCAGAGUAUCUUCCGGGUCUACCGUUUUGGCCAGAUUAGGACCGUUUUUGUGUACAGGUUCCUGGCUCAGGGUACAAUGGAGGCGAAGAUUUAUGACCGGCAGGUAACCAAACAGUCUCUGGCAUUCCGGGUGGUGGACCAGCAGCAGAUUGAGAGGCACUUUACAGGUGUAGAGCUGGCAGAGCUCUACACCUUUGAGCCGGAAAUGCUGGAUGAUCCCUCAGCGAAGAAGAGCAAGAAAGCUACACCCGUGCUCCCCAAGGAUACCUUCCUGGCCGAGAUGCUGCAGAAUAAUAAGGACCAGAUUGUGUGUUACCAUGAACACGACUCCCUGCUGGACCACAAGGAGGAGGAAGCCCUGAGCGAGGAGGAUCGCAAGGCUGCCUGGACCGAGUAUGAAGCAGAGAAAAAGGGUGUGUUCAUGAGGAACAACUACCAGUCAGCAUACCCCCAAAUGGACAUGGGCAACUCCAACUACUUCUCCUUCAACAUGGCGGCUUUGGCCUCCAUGACCAACCAGCAGCUGGAGGACCUUAUAAACCAGGGACGACAGAAAGUCAUUGAAGCAACAAAUGCACUGAAGACUCUGGCACGGGAGUCACUGGAAGAUGCCAUCGCCAGACUGUGGAAGGAGAACCCAGCACUCACAGAGAGUCAGGUCCAGUCCAUGGCUCUGGGUCAACAGGCCACUCUGGAGGCGGAGAUCAAGCUCAGGGAAGCCACGUACCGGGACGUCUUGACCAGGCAGCAGACGCUGAUGAUGUACGUGCAGAAGCUGAUCACCAACAGGAAGGUGCAGGAGCAGCAGCUGGCCAUGGCUAACCAGGCCAGCUACCUGAACCAGCUGGCCAUGCAGAACGGCAUGAUGGGAGGUGGCGGGCUUAGUCAGAUGGACCUGGUGGGGCUUUACCAGCAGCUCCACGGCCUGGGAGGCAUGGGCAAGAAUCCUGGGCCCUCCAAGGGCCUGUAGGUCAGAGGGACUCUUCCUCAACAACACCCCCACCCCCGCUCCACCCACUCAGCUAGCUGGCUCCCGGUGGGCCAGUCCAAGAGAGGCCCAGUUCUGUGACAAACGCACUGUGACAUCACUGCUCAGAGCUCAAAGCAAUCUGGUGCACCAUGCAGAGGGUGGAGUAGUUUUGAGACUAGGCUGCUGUCCACUGGCGCCUCAAGUGGGAUAGAUUCUCAGUUCUUUAUUCUGUAGUUCACUGAGAGAAGGUGGAAUAUAGUGUAUAAGUGACUGUGUCAAUUAGGCAUUUCAACAGGACAAAAAUGUAUAUACCGCCUUAAUGUUAUUCAAGUUCUAUAUCUUCAUUUUUCAUGUAUUUAAAGACAAACACAUUUUAGCCCCAAUGCUUUUAAGCAUUGUACUGUUUUUCUCUUGGAAGAGGGUGUCCUUAUGAUUUAACUUCAGUUUUUUAUACCGUUUUAAAUGCCGAAGUAAACCUGAGUGGGACCAGUGUCGUUGGUGACAGGACUCUCUGAUGUAAAGCACGACGUGAUUAUUAGCCCCAGUAGAUUCCUUCACAAAUAUCUAACAAAGCAGACAGCUGACGGUGCUGCUUAGUCCUGCUCUUUUGGGGGUUUAGAAGAAAUUGAUAAGUAAACAAAAACAGAAAAAAAUGAUGGCCUUAUAAUCAUUUCCUAAAAUAAGCUCUAAAGAUUUGAGAUUUGUUGAAUCUUUUCUAUUUUGCUUUUUAAGUGUUUACAUUAGUUGUCACUGAACAUGGUAAUGGAAUGCUUGUGUUGUUCAAAACUGCCUGCCCGAUUCCUAUGACCCUUUUGUAACAUCAUUCUCAUUGUCACGUGUUGUCUAGCAUAGCACUGUGCGUCCUGUCCAUUGUUUAUGUUCCACUUGUGUUGAUCCCAAGUUUGGGUGAGUGACUGGAUCUCACAAAGCACAACCAGUUCAGCCAGAUAUCACGGGGCCCAAAUCUUUUCCCUUUACAUUGUCUGUCAAAGUCAGAUGUAUGUGUUUCACGCUGGAUUUGACAGAGUAAAGAAGGAAAUCUUAUUAUAUAUCUGGUUGAUUUGUGUCUUGCUUUGUGAGAAAUGCCUUCUGGACACUAGUCUCAGCAGGCAUGCAACCAGACUAUCUGUAUUCUACUUUGGCACAUUUUUGCUUCUAAAUGCUUAAACUGGUGUAGCUGUUAAUCAAGAGGAAUAUGUACAUUUCUCACAAAGAGAUGUGUCUCUAGUUGGCUCCUGUGUUUGCACAAGGUGUAUUUCAUAAAUGUAAAGAAACCUUUUUUCCCCUCUAAGAAUGUUUUUGUGUUAGCAAAUACACCAACAUGAUUUGCCAUGAAUCUGAUCUGCUAUUAUCUUGAUAAGUAUUUAAUAUAACAUUUAAUAAAGUGACCAAAAGAA